AUGGGUAGCCCUACCCAGAGCCUGCAAGUAGGGGUCGCUGCCGCUCGAGAGGUUGACUUGCUGACAGUGUGGAGAUAUGCGAACACCUUUCAGGCCGCCAUUAACCUGGUUCAGACCGGCCAGGUGCAUCUUUGUCCCUUGAUAACGCACACCUUUGACCUCUCAGAUGUGGCGAAGGCUCUAGAGCUUACGUUGGCCAAACCAGCAGACCUUAUCAAGUGUGUGAUUACUGCCUGA